GAACGUCUCCCCAUACACGUGUCCGUUCAGUUGGGCUCGCGCGCUGUCAGCGGCAGCACUUCCGGGUGAAGCGCUUCACCGAUCUGUGGCACUGCUGACUGGAAAGUGGCAGCGAGAGCGGCGAGCGGUGUGGUGCAGUUCAUGUUAAAUAUUUCUUCUCGAAUUCACUAAGACCAGUUCAUCGUCACCAUUUCCUUUCAAGAUCAGCCAGUUCAGGGUUGUAAGAUGACUGAAAAACUGUCAUUGAAUAUCAAUAUUAAAGAGCCACGAUGGGACCAGAGUACUUUUAUUGGGAGAGCAAAGCACUUCUUCACAGUUACUGACCCCAGGAACAUUCUUCUAUCAAAUACCCAUUUGGAGAAAGCUAGAAAGAUAAUACAUGAUUAUAGACAAGGUAUCUUAACUCCUGGGCUUACAGAAGAUGACCUUUGGAAAGCAAAGUAUAUCUACGAUUCUGCAUUUCAUCCAGAUACGGGAGAAAAGAUGAUUCUUAUCGGUAGAAUGUCAGCUCAAGUACCAAUGAACAUGACAAUUACCGGAUGCAUGAUGACUUUCUAUCAGACUACUCCAGCAGUGGUAUUCUGGCAGUGGAUUAAUCAAUCCUUUAAUGCUAUAGUGAACUAUACGAACAGAAGUGGAGAUGCGCCAAUAACUAUAAACCAGCUUGGUGCAGCCUAUGUUUCUGCUACAACAGGUGCAGUAGCAACAGCUCUUGGCCUUAAUUCACUAACUAAGCGUGUGACACCUCUAAUAGGACGCUUUGUUCCAUUUGCUGCAGUAGCUGCUGCCAACUGUAUAAACAUUCCUUUGAUGAGACAGAGAGAAUUAAAACAUGGAAUACCAAUAACAGAUGAGAAUGGCAACCGACUGGGAGAAUCAACAAAAGCUGCUCAACAAGCUAUCGUACAAGUAAUCAUCUCUAGGAUUCUUAUGGCUGCUCCUGGCAUGGCUAUCCCUCCAUUUAUAAUGAAUACAUUGGAAAGGAAAGCCUUUUUAAAGCGAUUCCCCUGGAUGAGUGCACCAAUUCAAGUGGGUUUGGUAGGAAUCUGCUUAGUAUUUGCUACACCUCUUUGUUGUGCAUUGUUCCCACAGAAAAGCUCUAUGUCUGUGAGUCGUCUUGAACAUGAUAUUCAAGAAAAAGUUAAAGAGGCCAGCCCUGGACUGGAAUGUGUUUACUUCAACAAAGGAUUGUAAAAGCACAAAAUGAUGAAAGAAAAACAGCAAGCAAUCCAGUUUGUAGUGAGUUCAAUGUGACAGAACUUAAAACUAUGUUUUUGUCUUAACCCAUUUGUACUUUUACAUAGUUUUUUUCCAGAAACCUUAUUUAAUAAUCUAAAAAUACUAAUCUAAACUAAUAAUGGUUGAUAGUAGUUUCAGAUAAAACUAUUUCAAAAAGGCAACAGUUUGUGCUGCCUACAUUUAUGUUGUCUGUUUCUAAAAUAACUUAUACCAGUGUAAGCCCCUCAAUCAACUGACACAACACAAAACAUUACUACAUUGCCCAUUUACUACAACAAUGUUCAUCCUGUUAGUGUUUGUACUGUGUUUGUGGUUAUACCAAGUGUUAACAUUUACUAAUUAGAUUAGAACAGAAAAUAGAUCUUGUAACUAUGUCAAAAUGUUAUGCAAAUAUAAUUGUAUUAGAAAUUAGCAUAAACAUUUCACUUCAAAUUUAUGUUUCAGGGCUGUAUGUGAAAAGAUCAGAAGGUAAUUUUCCAAAAGCUAAAUUGUGUACUGUCUGAGCUUCUGCCACUUGAAUAAAUUUUAAACUCCAGAUUGAGUAUAAAGGACUAAAUACUUGAAAUAAUAUGGAACUUGAUAUCUCUGUUCGAAAGAUGAUCAUGGCUUUAAUGAUAAUUUCAUUGGCACGUGCAAUAAGCCUGCAAUGUUGCAGUACAAGCACAUUCUUUAAAAUACUUUACGUUCCUAAAUAUUUAAUGCCUUCAGGAUUUUUAAGAUUACGUCGUGAUUAUAGUACAAUUUUAAUACAAAAAGUAUAUUGUCUUUGCAAUCUUUCAAUCAAUGAAAGUAUUAUUUAGAUGAAACUGGAAAAUAAAAUGAAGAA